GUUGUGCUGUUCUGCCUCUGUGUGAAACGUCAUUAUUAGUGUUGUCUGUGUUGCCUGUGAACGCAGCAUAAAAUCUCACGAUUAACUGCGAGACUUGGUUUCUCCAAAAUUUUGGAAGGACCAAAGAGCGACAUCCGAUGGAGGAGGACGGAUGAUGUACACUCACGGCCGAGCCGAGGCAAGAGAGAGGAUUUAAAGAGAAAAGGAGGAAGGGAAUACGCAGAAAGUCCGAUUUUUGAGGCACAUUCUUCUGACACGGCUGCACUGACAGAAGUUUAGUUUCUCGUCACUCUGCGGUUCCAUUGUCGGACAGAAAGCCUCGACGUUUACUUGUAGUCAAACGAGGGUCCUACACAUGGAUGAUCUGGGGGAGGAGAGAGAGCACGGUGAGGCUGUCAUGUAAGUUGUCUCCUCUGGGGUCACCUCACUGUUCCCACUGCUUCCUGCCUUAGUUAGAGGCAUCACUGUUGCAGCCACUGCUGCUGCUGCUGUCGCUGCUCACACUUUCUCUCUGAGAAGACAGCAGCUCCUCUCACGGAGCGCAGAAAUGGAGAAGAUCUGCUCGGAGUGUUCAGAGCCAACACUUGCACAGAGCCUGUGCAUUCUCUGCAACAAGUGGUUUUGUUACCAGUGCACAGAUGUGCAUCAGCAUCACAGAGCCACUGUCGCUCCUCAGUUCUCAGACCUACACCACCACCAGAAGGUCAGUGCUGCCCCGUGUCCCGAGCAUCACCACAGGGGCUCCAGUCCAGUGCCGGCAAGUGGACAAGGCCCAGGGUCGUAUCCUUGCUCCCUCCUAAUGUGCCACUCUCACAGACAGGAGCCCUUGGAGCUAUUUUGCGAGUCAUGUGACCUCCUGUGCUGCAGCAGCUGUCACCUGUCCUCUCACAAAAACCACAGAGUGGUGCAGAUCAGGAAGGCCCUGCAGGAUCAGCAAUGGCUGUUUGAGACUCUGACGAUGCAGGUGGAUGAGAGGAAGUCAGCGGUAGAAAACACUGCGAAACAGAUAGAGGACAGACUUCACGGAGUAAAGAUUGCGCACAGGAAGGCGGAGAACCAGAUUAAAAUGGCAAAGAUGAUUAUGAUGAACGAGCUUAACAAACGAGCCAACCUAUUAAUAGAGCAACUGGAGAAAAUCUCAGAGGAAUUCCAGCAGCGUUUGGAGGAUCAGCUGCAGGGGGCGAUAGAGAUGUGUGGCCAGCUGGAUCAUGUUCAAAAGUUCAUUACCUGGGCUACGACCCAUCACCGCAGAGGCCCACUGCUUUUCAGCAAGGCAUUGCUUUCUCUUCAGAUGCAGCAGCUUUUAGAACCUUCUCUACACCCAGAGUCCUGGAGUCCUGUCAAGAUCAAAUUUGACUGGGAUGCAAGUUACUGGAUGAAGGAGAUUUCUACAUUAGGCCAGCUGACUGUUGAAGGCGGAAACUGCACAUAUCCUCAGGGUUUGUCCUGCUCCAGUCUCAUGAGGCCCCAGCCCAUCACUUGCUUGGCACUGCCAUCUGUAUUCCACAGACAAGAUCCAAGCUGCGGGUACCAGUCCUGCUGUGAGCCCCAAAUGUGCUGCCUGCAUGGACUCCCCUCACAGCAAGAUCUUUCCACCUUGGGUAAAGGCCAGGCAGAAGUUUCUUUUUGUAACUCCAGUUGUGUUCAGCCUGCACUCGCGUCUGUGCCUCUGCACCAGAGCCAGCAGAUCCCUCGGUGCUGGGACACAGAGGGCUCUUCACACUGUCCUCCUCCUACACCAUCAGUCCCAUUCACAGGACCGACUCAGCUCAGCUGCAGCCGAGACUCAACCUCCCCGAUCCAGUCUACAGACGCCCAAACCCACGCCCAGUCCAAAUGUUACAUCUCUUAUCACCAACACCAGAGAGACAGCCUCCCUGAGAGCCAGGCUCAGGAGGCUGUAGACUGCACCAGGCCCGGCAUGGAGGAGAGAUGCAGAGGGGAGGAGGUUUGUGGUCACAGAGCAGUGGUUGACAGCAGAGUGCUGCGGAAUGAGGACGUGCAACAGGUCAGAGAGGAGCAGAGUCCUGGCCAACAGCAUCAGCAUCAUCAGCAGCUCUGUGUUCCGACUACAGCAGAGCAGAACGUCAUAUCUGCAAAGACGGCUGGAGAUCACAGGAAUGGCAGGAGAUCGACAUCCCUGGAGGUUUCAGUGACAGUCCGCGGUGGCGUAUCCGAUGUACAGAACGACAGGCUCAGCCCUAGUUUGCUGUGUACAAGGAGGCAGAGACGCUCCCAGAGCAUUCCAGCAGAACUGGUGGCUCCGGUCACCAGUCCUUACUCUGAAAGGCCCACAGGAUGCAGCUUAGAUGCAGAAGCUACAAAAAAGUUUUCUAACGUGGAACCCAGACACAGGAGAGCGUCUGAUGGAGUGCUCUGUGUAGUGAAGGAGACCUCAGAUGAUACUGGAGGCCAACACUCUACACUGUUGUCCUACAAGACAGAAUCAGGUAAUUCUUGCCACUUUGGAAGCAAAGAGUUUAAUUGUGGGGUCAUGGGGAACAGCAGGAUUCUGAGACAUGGUGACAGCAGAGACUCAAAGACAGACUCAGGAAGGACCAGAGUUCCUGUUGUUUGCUUAGAGCGUCUUAAAAUACUGGUGUCGCAACUCCCUCCACAUGGACGACGACAGAGCGACCCUUCACCUGCCGUCACAGCGGACACCAGCUCUGCUCUUCGUCAGCAGGAGCACAGGCACAGCGUCAGGACUCAUAGGAUUUCUGGGGAUCCUGAAAACAAGAGGACGACCCAGACUCUGAAAGCACCACUGUAUGAAGCCGAGCCAUCAUCGACACCUUCACCAACCACCCUUGAAAGACAUGGAAGAUUUAUCUGUUGUAAAGUACCCUCACUGUCCUACAGAGACCCCCAAUAUGUCCCACAGAGUUCUAACCCCAGGUCCCUCUCUGAGGACAGGGCCAGUUUGGGACUUGAUGCAGAUCCAUGCGUGGACUCUGAUACAUCCCAAGAUUCUGAGUCUUCAUUCGAGGCAGAGCUGGGAUGUGAGGCUGAGGGGGGAUCUGCUGCAGGAGAGAUAAGGCCCGGUAGUGAAAUUGAUAUUGCAGGAGAUUCAGAGCCAAGCCUGGAAUAUAAGGAAGACCAGAAGUCAGAUUGUGAAGUGGUUUCAGAAGAUAAUGAGGACCUAAAUACAGAUGCAGACUCAGGCGAUGUUGAGAGUGAGACAGACACUCAGCCCGAAUAUGAACCUAGUCUCCAGGUUGACGCCGAAUUUAACCGCGUGUCCGAUCAGCCUUCAAAUUGUCAGGAAUUCAUUGAGUCCGAGCUGGAUGUGGAUUCUGAAGCGGAAUUCACGACCGAUGACCCACAGCCUCUACGCUCUGACCUGGAAGAGGAGUCCCAUGUUGGACGUAGUCCAAGGCCACUGCUGAUCUCAAACCCUUCACCUCAAAGGGUACCCGAGAACAACCAGUCUGAGCAGGACACCGCAGAGACGGAGAGUGAGGACUUUUGUGCUGUGUGUCUGAUUGGAGGAGAGCUGCUGUGCUGCGACCGCUGUCCAAAGGUCUUUCAUCUCUCCUGUCAUGUCCCACCUCUGCUGGGCUUCCCAGUAGGAGACUGGCUGUGCAGCCUGUGCAGGGACGUGGUUCACCCAGAGGUCGAAUACGACUGUGAGAAUGAGGAAACAUCUGGAGAACAGACGUACGGUCUGUCUCCAUGUGACCAAAGGAAAUGUGAGCGGCUGACUCUCCUGAUCCUCAGUAACAUCCUGAGUGCUCCCUUUCAUGAGCCUGUCAGUCCACUGGCUCGACAUUAUUAUCAGAUCAUCAAGAGACCAAUGGACCUGUGUGUGAUCAGAGCCAAACUCCAGAAGAAAAACCCUCGACAUUAUAUUUCACCAGAUCAGUUUGUGGCUGAUUUCUCUCUCAUGUUCAGUAACUGUGCAAAGUUCAACUACCCGGACUCUGAGGUUGCUCAGGCGGGCCGCAGCUUGGUGGCGUUCUUCAACUCCCAGCUGAAAGGUGUUUUCCCAGACAGAGCGUUCCCUGCAGCCGGGGCAGAAUCUGAGAGCGACGAGUACGAUGAAGCCUACAGAACCUCUGAGGGUGGUUUCCUCUGGCCUGAGAAGAGGGAGCAGUGCUACAGGAAGAGGAAAAGAAGAAACUCCCUCAAGUCAAGGAGACAUCACUUCUGAAGCAGAAGUGGAGCACUCACAUCUGACCUUGUGGAGAGUUUUGGUAUUGUUUUCAAUCAGGAACCUUGGUUUGUUUGGAAGUAUCUUAUUUAAUGAUUUUUGGUUUCUCACUGCUGCCAUCUGAUGGUUUGUGUAUGUAAUUAUAUAGACGUAUUCUUGUAGAGCAGAAGCUGAACCAUAGGUUUUAGAGUAUGGUACAUUGUAGGCUGUAUAUUUGUCUUUAACACAUGUUGGAAGUAACACUGUAUAUUCUGUAUAUAUACGUAUAUAUCACAUAACUAAUAAAGAUGAUCUGCACUGUGUUUACAUUCAUUAACAUUAUAUACUGUCUGGGCUUUUGCAUAGGGAUCAUCUGUUCUUCUUGUUGUAUUUCUUCAUCUGAAGCACGUUGAUUAUUUUUAGCGUUAUGCUACAUAUACAGCAUAGCUUUGCUAAUAUGCAUUGGAUUUGUCUUUUUGAAAUGUAACUGCAGUUACUUGUGUCACACUUUGUUUUUUAUGCAGCAGUGAAACUGCUUUUUAUCUUAUUAUAUAGUAUGUGAAAGAGAGAAUUCUAUCUAUGGAUGGAGCUCAAUAGAGCAUUUAUAUAAUUUGUUGAAGAAAUUGCUACAGAGUCUGUUAUUAAUGUUAAUUUUGCACUGAAACAUACUGUAGUCCUGCUAAAUGAGCAAAGACUGAAUAUACCUGAGAUAUAGCAUAAGUAUAAGGUUUAUUUUGUGCUUAACACAUUAUACAUAAUGUAAUGUAAGACACUCUGCUGUGGUGUUUCCUGUUUCAUUAACCCACUGUAUUCUCUUCUUUUUUUUAUUCCCAUGUAUUUUUUAAGAAAUGUUAUUUCUUAUCUUUGACUAUUUCCAGAAACUUCUAUAAUAUAAAAUGUAUCUAACCUUGCUUGGUUUUACAUGAGAUGUGAAUAUUUCAUAUUGUUUAAAUUAAGUCAGAGUUGCUGUAACUGUUUAUUAACAACAAUCUGGUUUCCUUUUCCUUUUCUCUUUUUUAUUACCACAUGUGCUCACAUGGUGUAGUACUAAUAAAAUGUGUUCAAAAUAUUCAAAACAUUUCACCCACACUUAUUAAGUAUAGUUUUGUGAUCCACAUACAAUGUGUUGAUGUUAAACUGUUACAAGUUCAAUCUGUUUGUUCGACUUUUAUUUCCGACUUUGUAAGUGUUCUGACGAAACAAUCUCACCAGACAACAAGAAAAAAAGGGUAAACUGUACGCUGAGAGAAAAGUCGUUCUGUUUGUGUUGUAUCUUGGUUGACAACAAUACAAUUAAGUUAAAUGAGGGGGUGUUAAAUUUCAAACCUUUUCUCAACUGUUCAAAAGUGAAUGAGAUAUUUUG